CAAAGCUGUAUGCAACACUUCCGGGACAUUUUUGGCUUCCUUUUUUGCCGGUUUGUGUACGUGGAACCAAGUCACAGCGCCCUAUAUUCCAUAAUCGACGCUUUUCUUUCAAAUUUAACGAUGGAUUUAGACAAGGUACGAACCCAUCUCGAAGAAAACGACCAAGGACAUUUGUUAGACCACUACGAUCGUCUAUCCGACGAGGAAAAGAAAGCGUUUCUGGGUGAGCUGUCGGCGCUUGACUUGGCCCAUGUAAAGCGCGUUUUUGAGCUUAGCGGUACAGAAUCUACAGAUUCAAGCAGUUCUGGGGAAAAGGAUAAAACAUUAGAGCCUAUUCCUGAAUCGGCAAGGGACAGCGUCGCCUCGGCUAGCGAAGAAUUGUUAAAACAAUGGCAAGAUGCUGGUUUGGAAGCGAUAGGCGAGAGCAAGGUUGCUGUGCUGUUGUUAGCUGGCGGGCAAGGAACAAGGCUCAAUGUUCCGUAUCCGAAAGGCAUGUACGAUGUCGGCCUUCCUUCUGAAAAAACUCUGUAUCAAAUCCAAGCAGAGAGGAUCUUGAAAGUUCAAAAAUUAGCGGGAAAGCCUUGUACAGUUCCAUGGUAUGCUAUUAUGAAAUAUUAUAGAUUUUUGUGUGAUUAUGUCAAUGUCAGAAGCCGGAAGUGGUAUAUAAAAUAUAUAGCUCUUUAGAAUGAAAUUCUCCCAUAAAAAUAUACCCAAUUUACUAUUUUUCAAGAAAGCAACUGCGCUUCUGCCUUUCGACGUGGCAUUUUUGGCGUGUCAGGGAUAUUUGUUAAUUUGCAUUCUGUUUUAUUGAUGCAAUUAAUGUGUUUGUAGUAACAGCUUCGAUUUUCCUCUAAUUUAUAUUCAUUUUUCUCAAGUGGAUAUUAGUAGCUAUAGCAACUUUAAUAGGACGUUUUCAGAAUUCCUGAUUUUCUGGGGCAUGUAAUUAGUAUCGGAAAUUAUAUGGUUUGAGAAGAAUUUAUGAAAAAUUAAAUUGCAAGCCUGUUUUAUAGUCUUAGAAAUGCUAAAUUAAAAUAUAUUUGAUUUACUGUAAUUGUCAACAUCUGAUCACAAGAUAUUCUCAUGAGUCAUGACCUUGCUUUUUUGGAAAAACACAUGCAGUGACAUUUCUAAGAAUUUUCAAUCAUGUGAUAAAAAGCACGAAAUAUGUUAAUAACCUAUUAAGAAAUUGGAUGCAUUAUUGCUAUGGGUUAAUCCAUCCAUGUCUUAAUUUACUGUAAAGAUAAAAAGCAGAGCCCAGCAAAUAAACCAAACAUAAUAAAAGUACUGUAAACAACGAAACGUUAGCUGUUAAAAUUUUUACUUUUAUUAAUUUAAAACCAAAUAAUAAAAGUAAAAAUUUUAAUUGCUAACAUUUUGUUGUUUUCAAUCCUUUAUUAUGUUUGGUUUUAAAGUUAUUUGCUGGGCUCUGCUUUUUAUCUUUAAAUGAAGAUUUCCGCCUGGUGUGUCAAUUGCCACGUCUAUGUCUUGUUUAGAACUGGCUCGGCCAUCAAGCAGUUUGCUUUAUAUAUUGACCUAUCUGCCAUGCAAGUACUGACUUGUUCUAUUCGCCUAAACAUGUCAUGUUUAGUUCAAUAAUACAGUACAAAUAUGAAAUAUAGUUCUUAUAAUGCAAAUGUCAAAGUUCAAUGUAUCACAUGCUGGGCCACAAAACGUCAUGUUCACUACAUGGUUUUAUUAUUGGUUUUAUUACAGUUUCAAAAUACCAGAUGAAUUAUCAAGACUUUGACACUUGCUAUAUAAUAAAACACUUAUUUAGUGAGACCUUGGGAAAACAGUGUGUUUUGUGGUCCUCAACCGCCAUUGUUGGCAGUCUCAAUAGACCUUUUUAAAAAGUCUGGCUUGUGACGUAGUUUGCGGAUAAAUUUGAUAAUUUGGCCAAUCAGGCAAGCCAAAUGGCUGUGCUGGGUUUUCCUUUAUCCGCAAACUAUGCCACAAGGCAGACUUUAAAAAGGUCUAUACAUACUGUUUCGCUCAGACACAGUAAGUGAUAAUUAAUUUAUUUUACUUAAGGUAGCUCUACUCUGAUUUCUCAGGUACAUAAUGACAAGUGAACACACGCAAACAUCAACCGAAGAAUUCUUUUCUAAACACCACUAUUUUGGCUUGAAGAAGGAAAAUGUUGUUUUCUUCGAGCAAAACCAAUUUCCGUGCCUUACUCCUGAAGGAAAAAUAAUUUUAGCAUCUCCUGGAAAAAUUGCCAAGUCACCGGAUGGUAACGGGGGACUCUACAAGGCACUGGGGGAGCGGGGCAUCCUGAAGGACAUGGAAAAAAGGGGAAUCGAACAUAUUCAUGUUUAUGGUGUUGAUAAUAUUUUGGUCAAGGUGGCUGAUCCAGUUUUCAUCGGCUUUUGCCGGUUGAAAGAUGCUGGUUGUGGUGCCAAGGUGUGCACAUAUCUGAUUAUCUAUUCUGGGGCCGGUUGUUCAAAGUGGGAUUUGUGUUAACCUUGGGUUAAUGUUAAUCCCUGAUUUCUGUAGUAACACUGGACCAAAAAGUGAUGAUCCAUACUAGACCUCUAGGGAGAACAGUGUAGAUUUGAUAGAACUAUCCAAUAUAUUCAGGUUUCCUCCUGUAGUAACACUGGAUUAAUAAGAGAUGACCCUUACUAGACCUCUAGGGAGAACAGUUUAAUAGAACAGAUAGAGCUAUCCAAUAUAAUUAAAGUUAGUUUAGUUUAGUUAGGAAGAACAGUUUAGAACUGAUAGAGCUAUCCAGUAUACAUAAAGUUAGUUUAUUUAUCAUGGUUACAGGUGGUUGAAAAAGUUCUUCCUACUGAAAAGGUUGGAGUUAUUUGUCGACUGGAUGGUAGAUUCAAAGUAAGUACUGUAAAUCAUGUAGUUUACCCUUUUAAGUGGCAAUGCACUCUGAUGCACCCUACAAUAUUAUUUUACUCUGUGUAAUGCCAGACAAUUCUAUUCGUCAAGGGCAGAGUGCUGCCACUCAUUGGGUUAAUUUCUUGCUUUUGAAAUGUGCAGCCAGUCAGUGUCGGAAAUUCACUUUUUCCGGUGGGGGAGCAAAGCCUCCUAAAUUUCCGACAAAACUUUCAAAUUUCCAAAACUUUCAAAUUUCCGACAUACCCCCCCCCCCCAUUUGCACUCAAAAAUACUGUUUUUAGCCCUCUUUUAGGUCAAAAUUUCCGAAAAUUCAUCAAUUUUCUGUGAAGGGGGGGGCAGUCGCCCCCUCGAUUUCCGCUACUGCAGCCAAUACUUCGGAAGAUGACAGCCAACUCUUAAUACUAACUUAAAAUCCACCAAUUAUUUUUAUCUUUUUUUUUCAGGUUGUAGAAUAUAGUGAAAUAUCGUUAGAGCUUGCCCAGAAAAGAGACAAAAGUGGCCAUCUUGUCUUUAACGCUGGGAACAUCUGUAAUCAUUAUUUCACUGUGAACUUUCUCAAAGAUGUUGUCAGGUACAAUAUGUCGGGCACAUUGUUUAUCUAAACUAAACUAAUUUUGUUUAUACUGAAUCGUUCAUAGCCAUAGGGGCGGAUCUAACAUGGGGUGGCAGGGUGCUGGGGUGUUCGCCCCCCCCCCCCAAUCUAGUGAUGUCCAGCAUCCCCUAGAGAGAAGAUUAGCAAAACUUCUAUACUAUAAUUGAUUUGUGAGCUCAUGAGAAAAUACUCAGAACAGGGGUGGCGGAACAGGGGGGCUAGGGGGGGGCUUAGCCCCCCCAGAAAAUUGAAUUUUUGGAAAAAAAUUUGAUAAUUAGGGAAAAAUUUAGGUUAUUUUUUGAAAAUUUAGGUAUAAGGGGACAAAUUUGCAAUAUUUUGUUUAAAAAAAGAGUAUUUCCAAAAAAAAUUUUUGAUAUAAGUCCGAAAAAAUUUUUUUCGUUUUUUUCAGGGGGGGGGGGAAGGGCGCUGAAAAAAUUUAGCCCCCCCAGAACGAAAUCUAUUCCGCCGCCGCUGACUCAGAAUGCUUUAGUUAAAUAUCAUGGUUAAAUAUGUAAACAAUGUUUAAACAUGUUGAGGUUGUUUUGCAGCCAUAUUUUCAAAUAUACUGUACUUUAUUAUAACAAGCAAAUUUACAGUACUGUGCUACAGCAACUGUCCAGUCACGCAUACGUGAUAAAAAAGCCGAUUUUUUACUUUAUAAACAAAAGAUAAUGUAUUACGUAACAGAACGGCGAACAUGCAGAUUCAGCCAUCUCAGAUAAUGGUAAUGUUGGGGUAGUAGCGUUGCAGACUGCAGAGGAGAGUGGGCAGUAAGGCUCCCUCAUGCACCACCCCAUGGAAAACUUGCACCCCACCUUGCUGAUGAGGCUAGAUCCGCUCCUACCAGCCGUCCAUCAAAAGUCAUCACUUAUUGCUACAGUGAAAAUUUCUAAUCCUUGUUUUUCUUUCGUAUUUCAGUAAUCACGAAGAAGAACUCAAACCUCACGUGGCCAGGAAGAAAAUCCCUUAUGUGGAUAGCGAAGGAAAUUGGUGCGUCCUUUAAAUCAGCUCAAAUAUA